CUGGGCACAGGUAGGUGGCACUGCAGAGUGGCACAGGUGGGUGCACUGCUGGGCACAGGUGGGUGCACUGCUGGACACAGGUGGGUGAUCUGCUGGGCACAGGUGGGCGGAGCUAGUGGGCGCACUGCUGGGCACAGGUGGGCGGAACUUGCGGGUGGCACUGCUGGGCACCGAUCAUCAGGGCACUGAUCAUCAGUGCCCUGAUGAUCGUACUUCCUCAUGAUCUGACAGCGUGAGGAAAGUGCAGCCGAGAACCAGCACUUGCAUUUCCCUCUGAUCAGCGUG